AUGACAGUAGGUCGCGCCUGGGAGAUUUAUAUAGUAUGGUUCGGCCAUGACAGGUGCGAGCGUAUCAUUUCCGGAUACGGCGUCGAACAGCUGCGGGAUAACAACUAUGAAACAUACUGGCAGUCGGAUGGAUCGCAGCCUCAUGUAGUGAACAUAAUAUUUCGUCAGAAGACAUCGGUCAGCUACGUUGCACUGACGUUCAUGCUGCAGAUCGUCAUCAUGCAGAACUAUCAGAACGGCCGAGACACUCAUGUGAGACAGAUAAAGGUUUAUGGCCCCAUGCCCAGCAACCGCUUCGACCCAUUACUUGGACUGUUUGGAAAUGAAAGCUUACUGAGGUGA